AUGAAUACCUCAUAUUCAUGCCUUUUCAUCUGGGCAUAUCUUGUGAGUGCGGUUGUAGGCUCAUGCCCUCCUGUACAUGGUUCAUUUAAUGCAUCUAUUUGGGACCUUUAUCCAGAAAAUGCAGAUUGGGAUCCGGUGCACUGCAAAAUAUAUUUUGGUCUCUAUUACAAUGCUUCGGUUGCUGUUUACAAUCCUUACCGUGAUGAAUAUGAGGUAAUCGUCUUCCCUGGAAUCACUGGCAAUGACGACUACACCAUUACCGGUGUAGACUACGAUGGAAUAGGGUCGAUGUACUUCGCAGCCACUUCAUAUACAGCUUUUGUGGCAACGACCUCUGGAAAUCCAGCACUAGCAAAUUUUACGGGCCCCAAUAGAAUCAUUCGAUAUGACACUCACGCCCGUGAAAUUCGCUGGAUAACGGAUCUGGUGCCUAUACAGCACGAAAUAUUCCAGCGAACAGGAAAAUUGAUUACCGGAUUCCAAGAUAUGGCAGAAGAUGACCAUGGGAACACCUAUGUUAUAGGAACAUUUGGUUCUAUUAUUGUCAAAAUUAAUAGGAACGGUGCGCCACAAAUAUGGUAUGGACCAAAAAAUAUUAACGAUACACUGGUUUCGGGUGGCAUUGUUAGAUCUGGAGACAAAAUUGUCAUCAACGAUCGAGUUGCUCCGGGGUUAUUGGCCUUUAACAUCAACGAGCCCAAGGUACCCCCAGUUUAUGUGCAUCCCGAGGGAUUCCCGACUAAUUACACGGGCGGAGGGGACGGAUUACUCUUGCCAUCAAAAUACGGCGGCAGAGUUAUACUCUGGUCCGACGACUUUUAUGGCACCCGUGUGAUUGGGAGCAGAAAUAAUUGGAAGACCGCCGAAUAUCUCGGCUUAGUUCUUAUGGAUGACAAUCUUAGUAAACAAGGCGGCUAUACAACAGGCAGCUUUGAAGUUGGUCAAACAAUUUACUCUUUGACUGAAUUCUUCCAGCCCACGAGAUCUGUCAAGCCAAAGCAAGAGUUUCUUAUGGUUGAUAUGACAGAAAAUAUAGACGAGCUUGUGAAGGCUUGGGAGGGCAGGGUUUGGUAA